AUGGCGGCAGUUCGCCCUGUGCGCCACCUGGCUUCCAUGCCGCCCGAGAUCCUGCACCUCAUCGCGGCUGCGUACGUUGACGACCUGCACGCGGCGGGUACGAGCAACAUCACGUCGGUGCUAAGCUCGUGUUCGCUGCUGCACGACCUUGUGCUGCCGAAGCUGUAUGCAUCGGUGCACAUCUACUCGCUCGAGCAGCUGGUGCGCUUUGUUGCGCCUGCGUCGGGCGCGCACAAGUACUGCGCCGACUACACCCGCGAUGCGCUGGUCGUCAACAUCCCCGGUGUCCCCGGUGGUGGAGACGGUACCCUGUACGGACCCGAUGCAAAGACGCACUCGCGCGACCGCCUCACCCUCGUAUCGCGCGCACUCGCGCUGUGCCCACAGGUACAAAAGGUGUCGUUGGAGUUCUUCAGCAUUCGACACAGCGAGAUCCUCACCGAGGCCGACUUUCGCACCGCCGAAGCCGAAGCAUUUGCAAGCGCGGUCGGCGGGCUGAGCAGGGUGACGACGCUGCGGUGGGUGCCACCUCGCAGCGACGCCAAUGCCAUCAUGGGCCUCAGCAUCGUCAUUGUCGACCAGAUCAUCCCUGCUCUCGCAAAGGGCCUGGCAGGAUGCACCAGCCUCGAGACGCUCGAGCUGUGGAACACCAUGCUCCCUGCCACCGGCGGCGCUGACCUAGCCGAAGCGCUCAUCUCCAUCGCCAACACUCGAGCCCAGCAGAAAGACAACAUAGCUCCGCUCAAGUUCAACCUUCGCUCAGUGACCGGGCUGGACCCCAGGAGUGUCUCGGACCUGGCGCUGGCUAUGCCACCCGUGCAGGUCAAUAUCGCCGACGGAUUCGUGGGCUCCAUCUGGGGAGCCAGGAUCGACACGAUCGCUGUGCACGAGUGCAUGCGCGAGACCCUAGACCCGGCUGGGAGAACGCGCAGUACCGGAUCGUCACCCAGCACCUCGGAUACAUCCAGCGUCUCCACCGGCCGCGUCACCACACCCGAGCUGCUCAUCCAGGACAGCAUCGCCAAGGCGUCACAGAACGUCUCGAUCCGCAUCCUUCAGGGCGGCAUCGCGGGCGCGCGCAUGUUUGCCCACUAG